GAAGAUAUACUCUAUGCCAAAGUCGUCGUUCAUGGUCGUCGGUUUAGUUCCCGCCUCCGUCUCCAUUCCGUCUUUCACUUCAUCUCUCUCCUCCAUGUUCACAGUCGAUUUGCAGAAGCAACCACUACGAAUUACGAAAUGCUUCUCUCUCAUCUGACAGAAUUCUCUUCUUGAGCUGCAGCGGAUUCAAUCAACGGAAAGGCCUGUAUGAUUAUCUAUCCCUCUCUGCUCUAUGGUGUUUUCUACUGGAUUCAAUCCUUAAUUUUCCCUGCUUAGAGACAACCCAGACCUCUGAGUUUCUCACCCUUCGUUUCCAAUCUUUGGCUAUUUCAAAUUCAAUCGUUUCAGCCCUCGUUCUUUCUGUCUGAUGUUGCAGUUUAGCCCUUAUAAAUUCUUAUUUUACUUGCUACUUCUCGGCUGUACAUGUUUCUGAAGUCGGCACUGUUUUGAGAUUCAGUCGUCACGGACUCUGUUCUUUCUUCCAAUACAGGUUCUCCUCUACGAAAUGUGGUCCAGUGGAAGAAUCUGUGGCUCUCCAAAUUGUAAUGACGAUGAUCCGUUUGGAAAGAACAAGAAACAGAAAACAUACAGUGCAGCGCAAUGGGAUGGUGCUGCUUCUACUUCUGCUUCCGACUCUGCCUAUUCUAGUUCCCAAUCCUUGCCAUGGGGAGAGUACGAGGUGUUCUUGAAUUUCAGAGGUCCGGACACUCGUUAUCAGAUUACUGAUAUCCUUUAUCGGUUUCUUGUUAACUUGAAAAUCCGUACUUUCAAGGAUGACGAUGAGCUCCGGAAAGGGGAAGGGAUAUGGCCCAAUCUCGUCAAGGCGAUCGAGCAAUCCAAAAUCUACCUUCCAAUCUUCUCGAAGAAUUAUGCUGAUAGCAAAUGGUGUCUUAGAGAGCUUGCCGCAAUUGUUGAACACCAAGAGAGAAACCAGGGUUGUAUCAUACUCCCCAUUUUCUAUAUGGUGGAUCCCAGGGACGUACGGCAACAAACUGGACCUUACCAAAAUGCAUUCCAGCAGCAUCAACAGAAUUUUGACGAAGUGAUCAUAGGAGUUUGGAAAGACGCUCUGAAUAAAGUUGGAGCUUCAAAAGGAUGGCAUGUUAAAAGCAACGAUGAGCAGGGGGCUAUAGCAGAUCUUGUUACUGGUGUUGUGUGGUCACUUCUAACUAAGAAUAGUAAUGUGUUAGAGACGGAUAAGUUGGUUGGAAUUGGUGGUCACAUAGAAGCUCUAAAAGAAAGAAUGGCCCUAGACUCUCCAGGUGUAACAAUUGUUGGCAUUUACGGUAUGGGUGGCAUUGGUAAGACCACUAUUUCAAAGGCUAUCUACAACGAAGUAUCUGCUCAAUUUGAUCGAUGUAGCUUUGUGGACAAUGUAAGAGAAAUGUUACAGCAAAAGAAUGGUGCUAUCAAUUUGCAAAAGCAUAUCAUCUCAAAUAUUCUAAGGGUGAAAUAUGAUGAAUCCAUUGCUAAUGCCAGUGAAGGGAUUGGAAUUAUAAGAGAUAGAAUUUCUCGUUUCAAAUCUCUUAUUGUUCUCGAUGACGUGGAUGAGAAGUUUGAAUUUGAUGAAAUCUUGGGAAACAUCAAAAGUUUUCUUUUGGGGAGUAGAUUCAUCAUUACGUCUAGAAAUGUUAGAGUUUUGAGUACUUUGACCGAUGAUUGCAAGUUGUAUAGAGUACGAGAAAUGAGUCAUCAUCAUUCACUCCAACUCUUCUGCAAUCAUGCAUUCAAAAGGGAUUCUCCUCCAUCAAACUUUGAGACUUUGUCAAAGGAUAUAGUACAUGUGGCAGCAGGACUUCCGUUGACACUGAAAGUUGUAGGGUCACUUUUAUUUCAAGAGGAAGAAGCGAUUUGGAAUGACAAGCUGAGACAGUUAAAAGAGAUUCCGGAGGAGAAGGUCGUGGAAAGGUUAAAGAUAAACUAUGAUACAUUAAAUGAAGAGGCGAAGCAGAUUUUUUUAGAUAUUGCUUGUUUCUUCAUUGGAGAGGACAAAGAGCUGCCUUCUUAUAUGUGGAGUGAUUGUGGCCUUUUCCCAAUAACUAAUAUCAAUAUUCUCAUACAGAGGUCAAUGAUUGAAAUUGUGGUUAAAGGAUCAGAAAAAAAGCUUUUGUUCCACAUGCAUGAUCAACUCAGAGAUAUGGGUAGGGAAAUUGUACGUCAAGAAAACAUAAGGCAUCCAUGGAAGAGAAGCAGGAUAUGGUCGAAGGGGAAAGCGCUGGACAUGUUAUAUAACCGAAAGGGAUCAAACCUAGUCGAGAGCAUUAGAAUACGCCACAAUGGUACUAAGCUUGGGAAGAUUCAGAAAGAGUGCUUCAUGAAUUUAUCAGAGUUGAGAUACUUGGAGAUAGAAGCGAGUAUGCUCAUUGACGACUUCAGUAAUUACGUUCCAAGUUUAAGAUGGCUUCGGUGGUCAAUAGGGUUCUCUGAGUAUAUUCCUAAGUUUAGUGUGGAAAAUUUGGUGAUUUUUGAAGUUUUAGGCUUUGUGAGAGAUAUGUCGGAAGCUUUGAGGCAUAUCAAGAUUGCAAGCAAGCUCAAAGUUCUGAAACUUUCGCGUUGCUGGCUGGAUGAAUUUCCUGACUUUCCACGUUCUGGGAGUCUCGAGAUAUUAGAUCUGAGGAAUUGCUUCCACCAUCCGCGGAUUCUUAAGGACCUGCAUAUUGGGAAUUUGGGUAAUCUAAAAGUGCUGCGUCUGCGUGAUUGUGGGGUAAGAGAGAUAGUAGGUGGAACCAUUGAGAAGAUGCCGUUUGAGAACCUAAAAGUGCUGCAUCUGCAGGAUUGUGGGGUGAGAGAGUUAACAUGUGGAACUUUUGGGAUGAUGCCAAUGGAGAACCUAAAAGUGCUGCAUCUGCUUCCAUCAUCUCUGACCACCCUCCUUAUUAUACAGUGUCCAAAACUAGAGUGGCUCCCUAAUCUAGAGAACCUAGAGAACUUGACUUACUUAUCCAUCGGUGGAUGUCCCUUCCUAAAGGAGAUCAUUGGUCUUGUAGGGCUGAAGUCAUUGGAAACUCUGCGUAUAUGUGAUAUGAAAGCUCUGCGCAAUGUGGACGGUUUUGAGAGUCUCUACUCUUUGAAAUCCUUGACACUGAGAUGUUGUGAUGCAUUGGAAAGACUGCCCAGCAUGGGGUCUUUGAGCAAUUUACUUAAUUUAUAUAUCUCUAACUGCCAUGGUCUCACAGAAAUCCAAGAUCUUGGAGGGCUGGAAUCUUUGCAAAUGCUUGACAUUCAUGAUGCAAAGAGUUUAAGUGGUCUCUUUGGCUUUGAAACUCUCCUGUCUCUUAACAAUCUAGAAAUUUUAAAGAUAGGUGGCUGUCCUCGUCUUACAUCAUUACUGUUCCAUGACCUUGAUGAUGGUUGCCAAUCCCAAGCAGCGGUACUCGACUCCUUACAGGAGCUAAACGUCUGUGGAACAACGCUAAUGCUGCAGAGCUUCUGUCGGAUGAUUCAGCUGUUAAUGUUCCCAAGUCUCACCGAGUUGACACUUGGAGGGGUGAAAAUUGGUAAUGGUUACACGGAACUACUGUUGGAUGGGCUCGAGUCUAUGGAAGGGUUGGUUAGACUGCAUUUGUAUGACUUAGCUUCAAUAAGGAUACUACCUUCCCUAUCAAAGCUGGGAAACUUGGAAAGGUUAACUGUAAAAAAUGCUCCAAAUCUGCAAGAGAUUGAGGGCCUUGGUGGUUUGAAAUCCUUGAAAGAGCUACAUCUCAUCAGAUGCACAUCAUUGGAAAGUGUGCCCGCAGAUGAGCUAUAUGGUUUGGAGAGAUUGGAAAGCCUGGACAUCCGUGGCUGCACAAACUUGAAAAAUCGAUCUUCCUUGAGAAAACUAGAGCCAACAGUAAAGAUACAGUGGCCUAAUUCUGGCCACACAGUACGCGGUGUGUAAUCUGUUUCCUUAACUUCUUCAAAUAUUGGAAUCUUUGAUGGCAAACGAAUCUCAGUCUUCAGGUACUGAAGGUAUCAUCCCCUGUCGUAUUUGUAGGUACCUUAAGUGUAGAAUUUGAAAAUCUUUUGUGUUCAGGGUUGUACAAGGUUUGCCAUAUGGCUUGACAAUGUUACUUAUAUUUCUCCUACUCUACAUCGUAGCUGGUCUAUCAGUUCAGCUUCUUCCUUUCUGAAAUAUCUCAGAUUUGUCAUUUCUGCAUACAUGGUCACUUUGUGCCUAUCAUCUUUCUCACUCGGGUGGGACAACGUAUCAUAUGUUCCAACCUGCUACCUUUCACUAAUCUCGACUCUCAAGGCUGGCUGAUAACCUUGAUAAGCUUGACCCGAUCCUUAGCUAUGCAUAUAAAAUUUUGAACUUUUGUGUCAAUUGUAGGAUGUCUAGUUAUCUGCUUGUGCCUCACUCAACAUUGUUCAAUUGGUUUAAACCAGUGAGUCAAAAGGCAAUAGUCACUGCCAUUUUUUCUUAAUGAACUGCAGUGGUGAUAACGUGAGUUCUUUCCCGCAGGUCUCAUUGCUUAGGGUACUAUCCCGAGUAAAGAACUCUGAAGAAGAGCGGUACGCAUACUCGACUAACUACAAAAGACACCAGCUGAUCGAUGAGACGAUGACAUAGAUUCUUUUUUUGUGGGUGGUGUCUGUAUCAGAUGAAGUAUUUCGACUUCCCCAUCAACAGUGUCAUUAGUGGAUGUGGCUACGAGAGAGAAUCUUCGAGCAUUGUGCUGCAGACAGACGCAGCAGUCCAUGGAGAAAACUUUGAUUUAGCUAUUAGUAGAAUGUCCACAUGGCCAAGAGUGAUGACUGAUUUGUGCUAUUUUGUUGAGUGAAUCGAACUAUUUGCUCACUUGCCCUUAAAUUUCCUACUAUAGCCGUAUUGAAUUAUGCAUCCGGUUUUAGUCUAUAUGGUCUAUGAUCAAACUGUUCAUGGUAGCCUCUCAGACCUGUAAUUUUACUAUUUUAGUUGAUUAGUUCUAUACUUCUACGACUCGGAGUAGAAAGUUUCAUUUUUCAUUUUUGUCUUACUCUAAAAAUACCUUGGCUGGUAAUGGGGGAUUUCAACCUCAUUACAGACUAUUUGGAGAAGAGCGGUAACCGAGACCCAGAUGCGAGAGAGAUGGAAAUGUUCAGGGAUACCUUGGAGCUUUGUCGAUUGGAAGAUUGUGGUUACUGUGGAAGGACCUUGGGAGAAUAAUCGAGCUGACCAAGAUUAUACUGAGGAGAGGCUGGACAGGGUAGUGGGAAACACAGAGUGGAGGGAGUGCUAUCCCACUAUGCGUGUCUAUCAUUUAGAGAGAUGUGGCUCUGACCAUAUGCCAAUUCAGAUGAAAUUAGAUCUGGAAGAAGAUGAUAUUAAUUGGGGGUGGUCUUUCCGCUACGAGCCUUAUUGGGAGAGGCAUGAGGACUGUUCAAAAGUUAUUGCAAAAGCGUGGCACCAGCAAGGGGAAGUUAGUUCUAUGGAUCGAAUUAAAAACUGUGAGGAUAAAUUGCUUUCUUGGAGUAAAGAAGUCUUUGGCUCGCUGAAACAGAGGAGAAAAAAGGCGGAGAAAGCCCUUCAAGCCUUGGAAAAGAGGAAGAAAACAAAAGAGACACUACAACAGAAAAGAAUAAUUGAGCAAGAGCUCAAUGAUGCAAUCCUCCAAGAGGAAUUGAAAUGGAAGCAACGCUCCCGUGCAGAUUGGUUGAAGGAAGGGGACCUGAAUACUGGAUAUUUCCACAGGAAAGCCUCGAAAAGAAGGAGAAAAAACACGAUUAGGAGGUAACAGGAUGAAUCAGGCCAGACAUUUAUCGGCCAACAAGAGGUGUCUAACUGUCUAGUUAGAUAUAUAAAAAAUAUGUUCGCAA